AUGCUAGGUCAUCAGUUCGCAUACUCCGCCGCCCCGGUGCGACGAGUGAAGGAGGUUCAGUUUGGUGUGUUGUCACCCGAAGAAAUAAAAGCGUACUCGGUCGCCAAGAUUGAGCACCCCGAAGUCAUGGACGAGGCCACGCACCGACCCAAGCUUGGUGGGCUGAUGGACCCGCGGAUGGGCACCAUCGACCGAAAUUUCAAGUGUCAGACGUGCGGUGAGGGUAUGUCAGAAUGCCCGGGUCACUUCGGGCACAUAGAGCUAGCUCGUCCCGUGUUCCAUCCUGGUUUUAUCAACAAAGUGAAAAAGAUUCUGGAGUGCAUCUGCGUAAACUGUGGGAAACUAAAGGCGGAUAUCUCCGACCCUACCUUCGCCGACCGUAUAAGACACAUCCGCGAUCCGAAGAAGCGGUUCGCAGCUGUCUGGGCGUUUUGCAAGGCGAAGAACGUUUGCGAGUCUGACGAGCCGAAGGAGGAGGGCAACGACGAUGCCGAGGAGCCUAAGAAAGGCCACGGCGGGUGUGGGCACAAGCAGCCGCAGGUCCGGAAGGAGGGCCUGAAGCUGUUCGUCAACUACAAGGCCGACAAGGAUGACGGAGAGGGCAAGUCGCAGCAGAUCGACAAGCGUCUGUUCACGCCGAGCGAGGUGUACACCACGUUCAAGAAGAUGGUCGACCAGGACCUCCAUCUGGUCGGUCUGUCGGACGAGUAUGCGCGCCCCGAGUGGAUGAUCUUGACGGUCAUGCCUGUUCCGCCCCCGCCUGUCCGCCCGAGUAUCGCCGUCGACGGAGGGGUCAUGCGGAGUGAGGACGAUUUGACGUACAAGCUGGGGGAUAUCAUCAAGGCCUCUGCGAACGUCCGGCGAUGCGAGCAGGAGGGUGCUCCCGCGCACGUCAUCACCGAGUUUGAGCAGCUCCUUCAGUUCCACGUAGCCACGUACAUGGACAACGACAUCGCCGGCAUCCCGCAGGCGCUGCAGAAGUCUGGACGCCCGGUCAAAGCCAUCCGCGCCCGUCUGAAGGGCAAGGAGGGGCGUCUGCGCGGUAACCUGAUGGGGAAGCGUGUCGAUUUCUCGGCGCGCACGGUUAUCACGGGCGAUCCUAAUUUGCAGCUGGACGAGGUCGGCGUGCCGAGGAGUAUCGCGAUGAACCUGACGUAUCCGGAGCGAGUGACGCCAUACAAUAUUGCGUAUCUCCAGGAGCUCGUGCGGAACGGGCCGACGACGUACCCCGGUGCACGAUAUGUCGUUCGCGACACGGGCGAGCGUAUCGACUUGCGGUAUAAUAAGCGCGCGGACGCGUUUUUGCAGUACGGGUGGAUCGUCGAGCGGCAUUUGAAGGACGGAGACUUUGUGCUUUUCAACCGGCAGCCUAGUCUGCACAAGAUGAGUAUGAUGAGCCAUCGUGUCAAGCUCAUGCCGUAUUCCACUUUCCGUCUGAAUUUGUCCGUGACUCCUCCGUACAACGCUGAUUUCGACGGUGAUGAAAUGAACAUGCACAUUCCCCAGAGCGAGGAGACCCGUGCCGAGUUGAGUCAGAUCGCCUGGGUUCCGCGACAGAUUAUUUCGCCACAAGCAAACAAGCCCGUCAUGGGUAUCGUCCAGGACACGCUCUGUGGUAUCCGCAAGUUCACCCUUCGCGAUACGUUCAUGGAGUGGAACCAGGUGCAGAACAUCCUGCUCUGGGUGCCAGACUGGGACGGCAAUGUCCCGCCACCAGCAAUCUUCAAGCCGAAACCUUUGUGGACCGGCAAGCAGAUCCUUUCCAUGGUCAUUCCUCGUGGUAUCAACAUCCAGCGUGCCGCGGAGCCCAAGUCUUCUAAUCCUGUGUUCGACGACGGCAUCUUGAUCGAGAACGGCGAGAUCAUCUACGGUAUCGUCGAGAAGAAGACUGUCGGUGCUUCGCAGGGUGGUCUCAUCCACGUCGUUUUCCGAGAGAAGGGUCCCGAAGCCACUCGCGACCUCUUCACAGGCAUCCAGGUCGUCGUCAACUACUGGUUAUUCCACAACGGCUUCUCUAUCGGUAUCGGUGACACCGUCGCCGGGCCCAAGGUCAUGACGCACAUCACGAAUGUCAUCCAGGGCAAGAAGAAGUUGGUCUCGGAGAUCGUUGAGGACGCGUACCACGAUAGACUGAAGGCUUUGCCCGGUAUGACCAUCCGUGAAUCGUUCGAGAGCAAGGUCGAGCGCGAGCUCAACCGCGCCCGUGACGAGUCGGGUCAGUAUGCGCAGAAGAACCUGUCGGACGAUAACAACGUGAAGCAGAUGGUCGUGGCCGGUUCCAAGGGUUCCUAUAUCAACAUCUCGCAGAUGUCGGUCUGUGUCGGGCAGCAGAGUGUGGAGGGCAAGCGUAUACCGUUCGGCUUCCGCCAUCGCACGCUGCCUCACUUCACGAAGGACGACUUUAGUCCCGAGUCACGAGGCUUCGUCGAGAACUCGUAUCUCCGUGGGCUGACGCCCCAGGAGUUCUUCUUCCACGCUAUGGCUGGACGAGAGGGUCUCAUUGAUACCGCCGUCAAGACCGCUGAGACGGGUUAUAUCCAGCGGCGUCUUGUCAAGGCGCUUGAGGACGUUAUGGUGCACUAUGACGGAACGGUCCGGAACUCGCUUGGCGAUCUGUUGCAGUUCGUUUAUGGAGAGGACGGCAUGGAUGGCGCGUUCAUCGAGCGGCAGAAGAUUGAGACCUUCGGGCUCAGCGAUGCCGAGUUCGAGCACAACUACCGCGUUGAUGUCACGGACCCGCAGGGUGGCUUCCUGCCCGGUGUUCUCCAAGUCGGUCUCGACGACAGCUCGCUCGAGCUCCAGUCGAAGCUUGACGAGGAGUACAACCAGUUGCUCGAGGACCGACGGCUCCUCCGCCAGUUCGUCUUCCCGAAGAGCAACAACCUCACGCCCCAUUACCUCCCUGUCAACCUCAGUCGUAUCCUCCAGAACGCAUCGCAGAUCUUCCACAUCGACAGGCGCAAGGCGAGCGACCUCGAGCCGGCCUAUAUUGUCGAAGCGGUUCAGCAGCUUGCUUCGCGGCUGGUGGUGAUCAACGGCGAGGAUGAGCUCACGCGCGAGGCGCAGCUCAAUGCGUCGUUGACGUUCCGGAUGCACGUCCGCGCGACGCUCGCGUCCCGCCGUGUUCUCGAGCAGUUCCAUCUGAACCGGGAGGCGUUCGAGUGGGUGCUGGGCGAAAUCGAGACGAAGUUCAACCAGUCCUUGGUGCACCCGGGUGAAAUGUGCGGCACCCUCGCUGCGCAGUCUAUCGGAGAGCCGGCGACGCAGAUGACGCUCAACACGUUCCAUUAUGCCGGUGUGUCGUCCAAGAACGUCACGCUUGGUGUGCCGCGUUUGAAGGAGAUUAUCAACACGGCGGUGAACAUCAAGACGCCGUCGUUGACCGUCUAUCUCGACCCCCAAAUCUCCCGGAAUCCCGACUCGGCGAAGAAUGUCCAGCAGGAGCUGGCAUAUACGUCGUUGCGCACUGUCACGGCUGCCGUCGAGAUCUGGUACGACCCUGAUCCCAGCUCGACUAUUAUCGAGGAGGAUCAGGUGUUCGUCGAGGCCUUCUUCGCUAUUCCUGAUGAAGAGGUGGAGUCGAAAUUGCACCUGCAGUCGCCUUGGUUGCUUCGUCUCGAGCUUGAUCGUGCCAAGAUGCUCGAUCGCAAGCUCACGAUGGCGUACGUCGCCGGUCGCAUCGCCGAGAGCUUCAAGACGGAUCUUUUCGUCAUCUGGUCCGAAGACAACUCGGACAAGCUCGUUAUUCGUUGCAGGGUUCUGGGUGGUGCCGACAAGGACGACGACGGCAUGGAGAGCGUCGAGGAAGAUAUUUUCCUGCGGCAACUCGAGACGACGAUGCUCAACUCCAUUUCGCUGCGCGGUGUCAAGGGCAUCAACCGUGUCUUCUUGCAGGAGCAGGACGACAUCUACAUCAACGAUGAGGGUUCCAUUGCGACGAAGAAGGAAUGGGUUCUGGAGACGGACGGUGUCAACUUGAAGACGGUUAUGACCAUCAGCGGUGUUGACUUCCGCCGGACAUACUCGAACAACUGUACCGAGGUGUUCGACGUUUUGGGCGUGGAGGCAGCGCGUGCGGCCAUCAUGAAGGAGCUUCGCAACGUCAUUGAAUUCGACGGUUCCUACGUCAACUACCGCCAUCUCUCCCUCCUCUGUGACCUGAUGACGCAACGUGGUCAUCUCAUGGCCAUUACUCGCCAUGGUAUCAACCGCGCGGAUACGGGAGCGCUCAUGCGUUGUUCGUUCGAGGAGACGGUCGAAAUCCUCAUGGAGGCGGCCGCAGUCGGCGAGAAGGAUGACUGUCACGGUGUUGCGGAGAACGUUUUGUUCGGCCAAAUGGCGCCUAUGGGCACGGGAGCGUUUGAUGUCGCGCUCGACAUUGACAUGCUCAAGGAUGCGAUCGUCGACCAUCGUCUGCCGGUGCAGAACAUGCUGGCUGCUCAGGCGGAUGGCGGCAUGACACCAGGUCAAGUGGCAAUGACGCCCUACGACACCAACUCACCUGCGUGGUCCGAGGCCAACUUCAAGGGCGAAUCGGCGGCGUUCUCCCCGCUCGCAGCCAACGGGGGCGAGGAGGCAGCGAGCUUCAACUCGUACCUGGGGUAUGGACAGAGUCCAAUGGGCGCAGGCGCCAUGUCGCCAGCUGGCCCCGGAUACAGCCCGAGCUCUCCCAACGCCUACUCCCCAACGUCGCCUUACGUGCCGCAGUCGCCGUUCGGCGGCGCAACCUCGCCCUUUGGGACCUCGCCAUACGCGACGUCACCGUUCUUCGACCGCUCUCGCGGGCCCACGUCGCCGACGUACUCGCCCACAUCGCCGGCGCUCAACCUGACAUCCCCGGGGUACUCGCCCACGAGCCCGAGAUAUUCGCCAACGUCGCCGUCGUUCUCGCCAACGUCGCCGCGGUACAGCCCGCAGUCGCCUUCGUUCAGUCCUACAUCGCCGAGGUAUUCUCCCACGAGUCCUUCGUUCAGCCCUGCUUCGCCACGCUAUUCGCCGACUCCUGCCCAGAUGUCCCCAGCGUCGCCGAGGUACUCUCCAACCUCGCCAACCUCGCCGUCAUCCCCCAAAUACUCUCCCACUUCCCCCACCUAUUCCCCUGCAUCCCCAGCCUAUUCUCCUGCGUCUCCGGCUUAUAGCCCGACGUCUCCCCAGUGGUCGCCCUCGAGUCCUGCCCAGAACGGGACAGCGAACAACACUACGAGGAACCAUGCGUACAGCUCCUCGCCGUCUUGGGAUUAA